AUGAAUACUAAGAUUCCGAAGCAGUUGAGGGCGCUUCUUGCUUGCUUCCUUUCUCCACUGCUUUCCUUAGCAUUAGCAUGGGGAGAGUUACGUACUGGAACCGCAGGAAGAUAUCGUCUGGUGGAAUGGCAGGACCAGAAAGCUUGGUUGAUUUUGUUUGAGGAAAACAGAAUCAUUCUCGGUUGUACAAUCAUUACUAGUAGUUCCAGCGAGGUAGUUCAGUCACCCGAGGGGGAUGUUAUAAGCUGCUACAUUAAUUGGAGAUGGAGCUUCUACAAUUGCUUUAGCGGGAGGCGGUUACUCCGAUCUUUGGUUCGAUCUAUCAAUGAAAAGUCCCUUUCAAGGGGCCCUAAAGCCGUCAGACCUAAAGCAGGAUACUGGCAUAACACAAAAACUGGGAGACUUGCUCCUCCCUACUGGCUUUCUUUUCCUCUAAAAAUACUAAGACUAAGGCUGGAUUCUCCGUUCGGAAUGUGCCAUCUGGUUGGUGUCCAAUCAUUUCCUCAAAGGAAGUCGUCAAACUGCGUAGAGGAGAACAAAGAUGAAAGGUUGAUUAAGGGGGAAUCACAACAAGGCUCAAAUCCUUCGCUGUCUCGCUAG